GUGCUGCUCCUGUUGUCUGGUUUGAUCCUGUACCCUAUAGGCUUCAGCUCGCCGUUCUUCUCCUACUACUGCGACUCAUCCAAAGCCUUUUGCACCGGCCACUGCGCAAUGGGCUGGAGCUACGUCACAGCUGUCAUGGCGGCCGCCCUGUCCAUUUUCUGCCCCGUCAUGUCCAACUUCGCGGAAGCACAGCAGCGGAACCGGAAGCCGGGACACGCCCCCACAGGCUUGACUUUGUCCUGAUAUGUGGUGCAAUAUUUUUUGUACAUAUUAAUAAUUCUUGUCCCGUUUUUGGUGUGUUUUUUUUUACAUUGCGUUAGUGUGUAAUUACUAUCUAUUUUUAAUUUGUUUCUUUUCCCCAAGGUGCAGUAAUGUGCUGUGAUUUUUUAGGUAUGUACAAAAAACGAAACACGGCACUUCGGUUGUUCAUUGUUACUUCCCAGUGUUCAUAGAUCGACUAGAAUUGAUUUGAAUUAUUUAAACUGAAACCAGUUUUUCCCUUCUUUCUUUCUUUCUUUCUUUUUUGUUGUUGUAAACCUUUUCUGUAAAUAAGAUUUGGAAAAAAAUACCGUGUUCCCGUUGAAAAGAGAACAUGCAAUGCAAAUCUAGUCAAAGUAAGCCUCAAUUAUAAUUUAUGAUGAAUUAAUACUUCUUCUUGUGAAAGAUAUAUUAUGUGUAAAAUGUGGCUCAACGGUAUUUUUUUAAAGAUACCCUAUGUUUAAACUCCAAAUUUAUGGUAACAUGUAUUCGUUUUGUAUUUAUUUUCAUUUUGUGUUAAUAUAUUCCUCCAAAUGUAUCUUAUUUUUAAAAUUGAUCCAUAGGAGACAAAAAAAAAAGAA